AUGUUGUCCUUCCCAGUCGCGAGACCGCGUUCAGCGACGGUGACAGUGACCAAGAGACUCCUCUCGUCGACGGUCCCGACUCGGAAGGCACUGCCGUUCUUCCUCAACACCCUUCGUGCCGCUGCUCAAGAGAACCGUGAACGGGACCUUAGGCGUAAUGGAAAGAUGCUCCGGAUGCUCAUGUUUGGCAAACCGGGAGCUGGGAAAGGCACCCUCUCGGCGCGGCUGGUGAAGAAGUACGACAUAUUGUCUAUCUCGGCGGGAGAUCUGUUGAGGCAGCAUAUUCAGGAGAGAACUGAGGUCGGCCGACAGGCAGAGGGCAUUGUUGCGCAGGGUGGGCUACUUCCCGACGAAGUCAUGCUCAGGGUCGUCACUAGCAAGCUGGAUCUUCUGCACAACAGGCACUGGAUAUUGGACGGCUUCCCACGAACACUGGGCCAGGGUGAACUUCUAGAUGCCCAUCUCAAAAAACAAGGAACGCCCUUGAGCCUCGUCGUGAACCUCGAUGUCCCUGACCAGGUCAUUCUCAGCCGCAUUUCCGACCGCUGGGUGCAUCUGCCGUCCGGACGCGUCUAUAACACAUCAUACAACCGACCCACGGUCGAUGGCUUUGAUGACGAAACAGGGGAACCCCUGACCAAAAGACCAGAUGACAAUCCCGAAAUCUUCGCAAGGCGGCUAGACAGUUUCUACUCCACUACUUCCCCCCUCUUAUCGUAUUAUACUACAAAUGCGACUAACUCCGAACCUGCGCGAAAUUCGCAUCAGCACCCGCACCAGCUCUCAUUCCCAAUGAUGCCGCUGCAUCAGCUCGUGCUCAAGACGCUCUCGGGGAAGACGUCUGAUGAAAUCUGGCCUCAGCUAGAUUCAGUACUUAAAACGGCCUUUCCGAAUAUCAGCGAGAGGGCGGAGGUGAAGCGGAGGCAUAGUCUCACCGAUGCUAUGUUAGUUGACGGACGUCCAGUCGCAGGGAGUCGGAUGGAGUAG